AUGACUUCCAACUACAACCUCAGAAGCAGCGCCAACUCAUCCCAAGACAAGGCGGAAGGGUUUGCCCGCGAGCCCGAGUUCCAGUCACAGUCACAGUCGCAAGCAGGCCAGCAGAGCCAGCAGAGUACUUAUCAGAGCAUGGAUCCCACUCAGCAGGGAUUUGUUGCCGACGAUCAGGCCCCCAGUAACGAUGCCCAAUGGGGCAAUCAGCCUGGCAGCUAUAGUGCCUCGGAGAUGAAUCCAAAGCCAAGCGGAUCGUACCAUUUCACCAGCGACCAGCUCGCUCAUCCUCAGGAGUAA